GAGUCUUCACCUAAUGUAAAUUAAAUCAUUGUAUAUAUCUAUAUUCGUCGUAACAUUUUGGUGGAGGUGCGAUCCGUCCAUCUACCUCUCCGUCCCCAUCAACCUGGAACUCCGGAGCCGACAGCUUCCCGUCUCAUCUAUGAUAAUGGCCUCCGGCAGCACGGCAUCCGGCAGUACCCCACCGCAGGGCACACUGUCGCAACCCACGUCCCCUCUUAUCAUCGCCCACCCUCGUGACCCUGGAAACUUCACCGGAUCCGGGGAUCAAGAUGUAGAACAAUGGAUCCACCUAUACGAAAGGAUCAGCGUCCAUAACAGGUGGGACCCAACUAUCAUGCUUGCAAACGUCAUUUUCUGUCUACAAGACACAGCCCGAACCUGGUUCCUCACCCACGAGGAAACUAUUACGUCUUGGGACAUGUGUAAGGAACAGCUGCAACAUCUCUUUGGCGAUCCUACUGGUCGAAGGCUCUCCGCGAAGCGCAAGCUUGCUUCACGUGUCCAAACGCCAACAGAAUCCUAUAUUACGUACAUCCAAGAUAUUCUUUCCCUUUGUCAGAAGGCUGAUCCUGUCAUGACUAACGCUGACAAAGUAACUCACAUUCUUAAGGGUAUUGCCGACGAUGCAUUCCAGUUGAUUGUAUUUAAAGAUUGUGCCACAGUGGAUGCUGUUAUACAAGAGUGCAGGCGCUUCGAAGAGGCUAAAAAACGCCGGAUCACAGCCAACUUCACACGCCUGCCCAACACGACACCAACAUCCACCUGUGAGGAUCCGCCUAUAUCUGAGAGGCAAAUCAUUCGGAUAGUACGCCUGCAGCAGUUCCAGUAUCUGCUGUUCAAGCGCUGGUUCAACGAGAAAUCCACCGGCUCGUCCCUCCGGAACGACCAGACAGCCGACGUCUGCCUCCUCGUCCUCUCAACCACUUGCCAUCCAUCAAUUCUAUGA